GAAUGAAGUCUCUCAGACAUAUGCAAACGAUGUGCCGACAUUACCAGUGAUCCUGUCCUCUCUACUCCCACUUACUACAAGCCCCUACUCUGAAAUGGAGAAGUACUGCCUGGAUUCUCUUUCCAACAUCUCAGAACAGCAUGGCAUGUUCUGUAACAUCACGUUUCUAAAUGUUACAGGAAAUGACACUGGAACCAAGUCCAUUGAGGACAAACUACUGGAAGUCCUAGGGCCGAAGCGCUCCCCCGUCUUUCUCCCUAUCUCCCUGGUUUACCUGCUCAUCUUCCUCCUGGGCGUGUCUGGCAACCUGCUCACAUGCACAGUGAUAUCCAAACACAAGAAGAUGUGCACCCCCACCAACCUGUACCUGUUCAGCCUGGCUGUGUCAGACCUCCUGGUGCUCUUCUUCGGGAUGCCCCUGGAGAUCUACGACCUGUGUCAGAACUACCCCUUCCCCUUCGGAGAGGGAGUCUGCUACUUCAAGAUUUUCCUCUUCGAGACUGUCUGCUUCGCCUCCAUCCUCAAUGUGACAGUGCUGAGUGUGGAGAGGUAUAUCGCAGUGGUCCAUCCACUAAAAACACGCUAUGUUGCCACCAACAAGCAUGCCAAGCAUGUCAUCAGUGCUGUAUGGGUGCUGUCCCUGGUUUGUGCCAUCCCUAACACCUCCUUGCAUGGCAUCUACUACUUGAAUCUCCCGGAGAAGGUGGCAGAGUCAGCCAUAUGCAGUUUGAUAGGUUCCCCGUGGAUCUACAACCUGGUGAUUCUUAUCACCACCGCAUGCUUCUACAUUGUUCCUGUGACGGUGAUCAGCGGGCUGUACCUGGGGAUUGGCAUCAAGCUGGGCAGGGAGCGACACCUCUCCCGGGGGACGAUGAGGAAGAACUGUAGUACUAACAUCAGCUGGGUAAUCCAUGUGGAGCGAGUGCGCAGGAGACAAGUCACCAAGAUGCUUGCUGUGGUCGUGCUGGUGUUUGCCAUCUGCUGGGCACCUUUCCACAUUGACCGGCUCCUGUGGAGCUGCAUCAUGCAGUGGUCUGUCUGGACAGACCUCAACCAAGCUGUGUACCAGUGUGUGCACCUCCUUUCAGGCAUCCUCUUCUACCUCAGCUCUGCAGUCAACCCCGUUAUCUAUAACCUGCUCUCCACACGCUUCCGGGAAUGCUUCUGGGAUCUCGUCUGCACCCAUACAGAAGACACCACUGCUGGAAAAGACUCCACACCCUCCGCCAAGAUCCUGCUGGUCCCCUCGGGCCCAGUUCCUAAAAUCCAGGCCAGGCCCAGUGACCACAACUCCCUCACUCCCCUGUUAUCUCCAACUGGGAACACAGAGAUCACAACACUGACAAGUAAACAUUCUUGCGUGGUAGACUCUGACUUCACUGCUACGGCUUUCUAAUUUUGUUUAAUAUUUAAUGCAGCGAUGUAGACUCGAAUCACGUGACUUGGACUCCAGUACUACUAUUUUGCCACUUAGACUUGACAAAAAGAAAAAACACUUAAUUUCCUGUUAAAUUCUGUUAUUACACCGUGAACAUACACUGAGCGUACAAAAGCUAUUUUCAUGACAUAGACUGACCAGGUGGAUCCAGGAGAAAGAUAUGACCCUUUAUAGAUGCACCAACAAGUGCGGAAAGGCAAGGGGAAAAAUAGAGCGCUGUCCUAUAUUUUCAAUGCUUGUCGCUUGAAAAUAUGAGCUCUGAGCUUGAGUUUCUGUGAAUGUUUAUUCUCAGCCAUCCACAGAUCUCUCAAUGUGCAUACAGUGGGUAGGGGAAAAACAACAACACUUUAUUGUAAUUGGAGAUUUCAUAAUGUAAGUCAAACUGUAGUUGUACUAUCAACAGUAGCUGUACAUCCUCAUUUGGAUGGUCUUUCUAUUAGUAAUGAUGAUACAAAAAACAUUAAGUUCAUGAUCUGUGAAGUUUAAUAUGUAGGCCUAUGUACUGUACUAGUAGGUCUUGCGUAAGGAAAACAGUAAAUAUCCUGAUUUAAAAAAUUGCUUUGAAAUUGGUAUAAAACAAAUUGGUAUAAAAUUGGUAUAAAAAUAGAUACUUUGGGGCCUCCCGGGUGGCGCAGUGGUCUAGGGCACUGCAUCGCAGUGCUAACUGCGCCACCAGAGUCUCUGGGUUCGCGCCCAGGCUCUGUCGCAGCCGGCCGCGACCGUGAGGUCCGUGGGGCGACGCACAAUUGGCUAGCGUCGUCCGGGUUAGGGUGGGUUUGACCGGUAGGGAUAUCCUUGUCUCAUCACGCUCCAGCGACUCCUGUGGCGGGCCGGGCGCAGUGCGCGCUAACCAAGGGGGACAGGUACACGGUGUUUCCUCCGACACAUUGGUGCGGCUGGCUUCCGGGUUGGAGGAGCGCUGUGUUAAAGAAGCAGUGCGGCUAGGUUGGGUUGUGCUUCGGAGGACGCAUGGCUUUCGACCUUCGUCUCUCCCGAGCCCGUACGGGAGUUGUAGCGAUGAGACAAGAUAGUAAUUACUAGCGAUUGGAUACCACGAGAAAAGGGGAUAAAAUUAAAAAAA